AUGUCCGACAUCCCACCCUUCUGCGUCUACAUCCAUGGAUGCCCAGGCUUCCACAACGUAGAAAUCAGCACAGAGCUGAGCUUUCUCAUAAAAAGAUCAGAGGUCCUAAAAAUGGGCGAAAAUAUCGACGGCAUAGGCACGCGUGUGCCAUGGGCUGAACUGUUUGCCGAAAGCAUGCACCAUAUCUUGCUUGAUGCAGCCAGUGACGCCGAUCAGGCAAAGCAACAUUCGUGGAUCUUUUCCGACUUCCGCGGCAGAGCGACCCUACCUGCAAUGAAAUUGCCUGUCGAAGCCUACGAGAAUGCCGCCGACAGCUUGGGACAGCCCUUUGUUCACGUCAUCCUCCGCUGCAAGUCGGAAAGGCUGAAUAGCUACAACAGGCUUGGGCGAAGUGUCCCAACCACCAAUGUUCACGAGUUCUCGGUAUUCGAGGAGAUAUGGAAUGUGGAGGAAAUUAGGGCUUCGCGGAAGGCGAACGAGCUGGAGGUGGAUAUCGGGGAUAUGGGGGCAAAGGAGGCCGCGAAGAUGAUACUCGACGGGAUAUCCACGAUUCUGCAUUUUUAA